AUGCAGCUUAUAGUCAGUGCAACUUGUAAUCGUGAAAUUACUGUAGUUUUUUCUCCCCCAGUACUUUUAGCUCCCUGGUCUUCCUCCACUACUGGUUGGCAAAGGGGCCCCUCCAGCCAUGUCUCCUCCAGAGGGGCAGGAAAACCCUACAGGGAGCCCCUGGGCACAGACUGCAGCCUUACAGGAUGCAAAGGGAGCACCUUGGGUACUCUGUCCAUCUUCCACUCCAAAUUAAUAAGGAAUUAGUUUUUUGAAGUUCCCACAUGGUUACUCAGUGCAGCUGGAACUGGCCAAUAUAUCCAGAAGAGAGUGGCAGGAGGGGAAGGGAGGGGAGGGGAGAGGUUGUACAAGCAGAGAAACUAAAAGAAUUUUCAUUGAUGGUAUAGCCAGAAUAUCAGCAACAGCUUUGGUUUGAAGCAUCCUUCCAGGAGGUUCCAAGUGUCUUUCUCCUGUGCCACCUCCUCUGGCUUUAGGAGGUCUGUGAAGGACCCAGUAAGGAGGCAUCACAGCCAAGCAUCUGUAGAGGUCUCUUUCAGCCCUUGUCUCCUCACAAAUUUAAUGAUUUUCCUGAUCACUUCUGGUUUCAAAAGCCUGUUGUAUUAUUUUCUUCCAGUAGCCACACAGUUAUCACCAGCCCAAGAAAAGAGCACAGUACUUUCAAAGGGUGUAAUUGCACACACAGUAUAUAUAAUACAGCUCAGAAUGGGAUUUGGAAGAUAAAGUCCUGUGACACGUCCUAGAAUGAGUGCUGGAGAAAAAAACAGUCUGGGUAGCAAUUUCUAUAUUUACAGACCUCCUUUUUGUUCAGCCGUUGAGGAAAGAAAAGGAGAGGAGGAAAUGGGAUGAUGGGAAGCAAAAGCAGGAAGGUAUCUGGAGGCAGCUGUGCUUCCCCACUGUGUUCUCCCCAUUGGGGGCCUCCCUGGGACAGAGCUGGGGAAGGAUUCCUGUAGGUGUGAACCAUAGAACAUGAAGCACCUCUGAAGAUGGAAGCACAGUACGCCAGCUUCACCUCUUUCCAGACUGAGCCUCAUCCUCUUUGUUAAAAUCUAGAGGCAGGAGGAAGUAAGAUUGCAUUUCGAGAAAGCCGUCUAGUUUGCAGGAGUAUGUAACAUAAAUUUUGGAAGUGUGUGCUCAACAUUUCUUUGAAAAUUGAAGCAGAGAGUCCUCCUUGGCAAUUUUGUUUCCAGUAGCCAUGUUGUUUUAGGGGGUGCAGACAUCAUAGACUUCCUUUACCUCUGCAAUUGCCAGAAACAAUUGUUUUUUUGGAACCAGAAGGCAGAAACGUCAGGAUGGUCUCUGCAAGACUUUAGUCCUGUGGCUGUAGCAUUUCCUGUGAAUGUCUCAUUGCUUUCAGCAAAGCAGAAACGGAAAUAGCUUUGUGGUACAGAAUCACGGUAACAAUGUGUUUGCAUGUCUGGAGUUUUUGUGCCGGGUUCAAUUUUCGACAACUCUUGGGGGCUCUCACAUGUUGCAUCUCUUGCACCAUUAGGCACGACCUGAUGGGCACAGCCUUCCUUGGCAGCCCAGGGGUACCAGUGGUCCCACCUCCCGUGGGCAGAGCUGCACCUGCUCCUUUGGGGCUCACUCCUCAGCUCUCUCCCUGCAGCUUCAGGAAAACUCAGCUGUUGUCUUCGUUUGCAAAUAGACUGGGCCAACUCUCUGGGGCUGAAGUGACUGUCAUCUCUUUGCAGGAAGCAAAGCACAUUCCAGUAUGCUUAAGCUGUGUGGACUUCAAUUUCUGCUUCUCAUUCACUCGGCUACAUGGCUUAAUCUGGAGGGCCUGAGUGUGAGUGGCCCUCUGAAGGACAUGGACUUCUUUGUUCAAGAAGGAGGGGGUCCACGCAUCCUUCACCAGUUCACCCUUGAGCCACCUGCUGUGAGUUUCAGAACGUCUGGUGAAAAAGAUGGAAUUAUUGACAUUGAGGCAAAGUCAGGCAUCCUGUAUAUCAACGGCUCUCUGGACUGGGAGACCAAACAAGUGCACAAGCUGCAGGUGGAAAGUGUGAAUGGAAGUGGAAGCACAGUGGAUGGUCCGUAUACUGUUACAAUACAUGUGGAGGAUAUCAAUGACAACCCACCAGAAUUUAACCAGACAAAGUACUCUGGAGUAGUGAGGCAGAACUCUCGUCCAGGCAAGCCCUUCAUGUAUGUCUAUGCCACUGACCGUGAUGAUCCUUCAACUCUCCAUGCACAGCUGUCAUACAGCAUUUUACAUCAUUUUCCCAAAUAUUUUGAAGAAAUGCUUUUCCAGAUUGAUAAUGUAACUGGAGCAAUCUCACCAACCAAGACAGGCUCUUAUUACUUGGAUCCUCUAAAGCAGGACACCUUCACACUUGUUGUCUCCGUGAAGGACAUGGGAGGGACGACAACAAAUGCUUUUGCUAACAGUGUUGAUGUGGUCAUCACUGUGAUGGAGAGCCUGUGGAAAGCUCCCUCCACCAUCUACAUCAAAGAAAACUCAACCGAGGUCCACCCUGUCAACAUCACCAAGGUGCAGUCAAAUGAACCAGGUGUGAUUUAUGAUAUUUUUGAAAAAGAAAAGCUGCCAAGGCUCCCAUUUUCCAUCAGUAAGGAUGGGGAUGUUUAUGUGACUCAACCCUUGGACAGGGAAGAAAAGGAUACUUAUACAUUCUUUGUGGUGUCAAAAGAUAGCACAGGAGAACUGGUAGAAAAGCCUUUGCAAAUUCAAGUUAUUGUGGAAGACAUAAAUGAUAAUCCCCCUGUGUGCCAGCAGGACCUCACUGUACUUGAAGUUCAAGAAAAUGAACAGGGAGGAAGUAAUAUUGGCACCGUGCUUGCUACGGACAUGGAUCAAGAGAACACCCCUAACUCUCGUCUGCGGUACCACAUCCAAAGUCAGGAACCUGAAAAUCCCUCAAAGAAUCUCUUCUAUAUUCAGCAAGACACUGGGACUUUGCAAUUAGCUGGCCGUUCCUUAAGCAAGCGUGAAUCAGCCAAGUACAACUUGAAGGUCCUGGUGACAGAUCAACAAUUCCAAACAAUCUGUGAUGUGGAAAUACAUGUCAUCGACAUCAAUGAUCAAAUUCCCAUCUUUGAAAAGUCAGAUUAUGGCAGUGUGACUUUGGCAGAAAAUACCCCAAUAGGAACCGUGAUAUUAGAAAUUCAAGCUACUGAUAGAGAUGAGCCUGCCACAGGGAGCUCCCUCAUCAUUUACCAAAUGAAGGAAGGCGAUCCAAACAACACGUUCAUCAUAGAGACAGACGCUGAAACAAACCGAGGCUUCGUCAAGAUUAACAAGGCUCUUGAUUUUGAAACAAUGCCUGAGUACAACCUGGUGAUCAACGCCACAAACCCCGAACCAUUGGUGUCAGGUGUGGAGUACAACUCAAGCUCUCUUGCCGCAUUUAAUGUUCUUGUGACAAAUGUGGAUGAGCCACCUGUUUUCCAGAAGCCAGUUUUCAAAACAGAAGUGUCUGAAGACAUUCCUGUCAAUACCUUGGUCAUGACGGUGGAGGCCUAUGAUCCUGAAGGGGAUUCUGUACGAUACUCCUUGGAAGGUGAUGCGAGAAAAUGGCUGAAAAUUGAUUCAGCCACUGGGCAGGUAUACACUGCUUCCCUUUUGGAUCGAGAAACAGAAGAAGUGUACUCAAUAGAGGUUGUUGCAACAGAGCAAAAAAACGCAGCUCAGAAAUCCAAAGCGUUCUUGGUUCUACACUUAAGUGAUGUGAAUGACAACCAUCCACAAAUAGCUACGGAUAAUCCCACCUUCUUCUGCUACCCAGUCAGUGGAGGAGAGAGAACUCUUAUUCAAGCUAUUGAUGCUGAUGAACAAUUUUUUUAUUCAAGAUUUACUUUUUCCCUUGCGAAUGAGAUGAAUGCAAGAAAUAACUGGGAAAUCUCAAAAUACAAUGCUACUCAUGCUUACCUGUCCCCAAAACAUGCUAACUUUGAAGAGAAGGUGUAUGAUGUUCCAAUAAUACUUAAUGACAAUGGAAAGCCACCUUUGGAAAACAAAGUGAAUCUUAAAGUAAGCAUCUGCAAGUGUUCCAGUGAAAAUUCAUGUUUUAUUGAAAUAGACCGUCAGCACUCCCGGCCAAGCGUUGGGCUGGCAAUUGGAAUUCUACUUGCGGUCCUGAUCGUCAUUGGUGCCAUUUUAGCGGGUGUGUUUUGGCACAUGAAGCAAAAAGAGAAAAAAGGAAAGAGCCAGCCCAAAGAUGCAAAAGAUAAUGCUGAACUGAACAGACUGACUUAAUGACUGUUUCAUCAAGAGACAGAACCUCCCUUUGGGUUGUGAAUGAGUGAACUGUGAAGCUUCCAAAACCCAGAGGUGUACUAUCACAAACAGCAUAAAACCAUGCAAAAGUAGACUCUCGGGGGUUUGGCCUCAUUUUUGUACAUAAUACUAUUUAGCCACAAAACAUAAACGUAUGUAACCCUCAGCAGCAGCCUUUAAUAAGCAUAUCAACUUUGUCUGAAGUGUUAACUCACGGCAACACCAAAUGCUGAGCUCCUUCAGGGACUAUACCUGGGACCAGUCUCCUUCAUGUGACAGCUGAAGUAAAUACGGACUUAACAGAGGACUACAUUUUGUCAACCUGCCCAUAUUUGUCUCUUUCCAACUCAGUGAGUCACUGAAGAGCAGAUUGGGGGAUAAAGUUCUGUGCUACAUUUGAAGAUACCCCCUGAACUUGUAGGAAUCUCUCUGACUCUCAGUAAAGGAGAUCCCAAAUUUGCUGUAAUCUUUAAUCUGCCCUGGCUCAUGCCUGCUUCCAUUAUGCUGAAUUUGUACUAUCAAUGUGACAUUUCAAUUUUUCUUUUUUGAUACUCCACAGAGUAAAAUCAGUUUGUGAAGCACCAUGGCCUUUCAUUACAGUUUCCAAGUUAAAGUUUCCCUAUGCUGAGUCAUGCGGGUAAUACACUGUUUUAUCAUACUGCUGCAAAUACUGUUUUU